AUGUAUACCCUGUGGCCGCUCGUUUGUCUGUCUAUUGCGCUGUCAAAUGCACUACACUUGGAUCUGAAUUCGGCCUUGGGCUUGGACAAGAAGUCGCCCCUGAGGUUCAUGCGCAGAGAUAUCGUUUAUUCCAACACCACGUCGUCCCAGUUAGACCUCGCCCAAGAGGUCGCCACGAUCACUUCGUCCAGUACAACAUCUAUUCCGGUUCUUAUUGAGACGACCUCGUCCACUGUCCCGCCAAUCGCUCCGCCCAUACUUCCUCCUAUUGGCAUUAGUACUGGCACAACCAUAAUCGCAUCCAUCAGUCUUCCAGCAGUUCCAGUUUCCCCCAAUUCGAGCCCCAGCUUGCCGACAAGCGCUACAAUCAGUCCUCCACCGAUACCAGCUCCUCCCAGCUCAGGCCCUAGCUUGACGACAGUCGUUACAAUCAAUCCCCCGCCCAUCCUGCCUCCUAUUGAUAUCAGUACUGGCACAACCACGAUCGCUUCAAUCAGUCCUCCACCAAUUCCGACUCCCCCUAAUUCAAGCCCCGGCUUAACGACACUCGUUACAAUCAGUCUUCCACCGGUUUUCGGUCCAGUGGGUUCGAACCCUAGCAUCACACCGGUCACUGCAUCGACCGACUUAUCUUCCGUUGGUUCUAGCAACAUUGUCACCCAGACAAAUGGAUCUGCACCUCCCAUUCUCAAAACCCCUCCACCACUUCCCUCAAUCACGCGUCCUUUCACAAACUCUACCAUCAGUAUCGAUCUUGGCGCCACCACCAAUGCCUCGACGACGUCUCCGGCUUGCACUGGCUCAGUCACUUACUUCGGAUCCGUUCCACCCACAGUCUACGUCACGAUCACGGAGGGAUUCAAUGUGACUAUGACAGCCAGCAAUGAGUCCAUGACCGAGACCCCAACCUUGAUCACUCCGUUGCCCGCCUGUGAAGCGACCAUCAUGCCCCUCGCUGCGUCAUAUGGUCCGUUGGUGACUGAAAGCGGUCAAGACCUGACUCAAACAGAGUCGGAUGUUCCAGGUCCCUCGGAAAUUCCUGUUGUAUUUGGUACCAAUAAUCCAGCUAUUGCUACAGCACCCGAAUUCUCUCUGUCCGUGGUACCAGGAGAAACCCCUGCUAUCGCGACCGCUCCCGCUCCAGUCCCGACUGCUCCCGCGGCCUCUUCGGCUGUCUACUCCAGUGUUGACUAUACCAGUACAGUCGUUGUCACGAAGAAGACACCAGUCCCUGUGGUGGUACAACCAACUACAUCUAUCGACAUCAACUUCGACUUUCCCUCGCCGACUCCCACUCCCUCUCCCACCCACUCUCCCAGCAGCGGAGGCGGUAGUAACGGUAACGGAAAUAAUGGCGGAAACAGUGGUGGUGGAGGAAGUAACACUGGCAGCAAUGGUGGCGGCGGUGGAAACACCCCUUCCCCCCACAACGCACCAGCAGCUCCCGCUACCAGCAACGAAGGAGGCACUUUCCCUUCAAUCACUAUCCAGGGCUCAACUGGCGGCAGUUUGAUCGUGGAAGCUCCAACAACUACAAACCUAGGCAACAUCAUCGCUUCAAUCAUUAACUCACCGUUUGCGACCGCCUCGCCAACUGGCCAUCCUUCUGGAGCAGCCCCCACGACGACAACGGUCAACGGUGUCCCGAUCAUUAUCGAACCCUCAAGUGUUGUGAUUGGGAGCCAGACCGUUGCGAUCCCCAAUCUGGUCGCCACCACCGUGCAAGCCUCUGGUGCUGUCUUCACCGUGGAGCCCUCCAAGAUCAUAGCCCCUUCCACGACCAUAACAAUAUCGCAGCUUCAAAAAGAGCAGAUCGUAACGCCAGUCCCUACGGCCACGAUUACUACGGCAGUUGGCGACCUCACUCUCACGGUCGGACCGACGGUCGCGAUCAUCUCUGGAACAACGUACAGAGUCGGAGAGGGCGCCCCUGCCACGACGGUCACCGUUGAUGGAACAAAAAUCUCCAUCGGCUCCGCCGGUGUUGGAUUGCCUAGCACUACUGUGGCGCCUGGUGGCGCGACGAACUCGCCUUUUGCUGUCUACACCGUGGAGGGCCUGACCUUCUCGAUCGACAGCACUGAGGCAAUUGUUGGCGGCACCACGUACCGCAUUGGGUCCAAUGCUCCCCAGCUCACCGCCACCAUUGGCCCUCAACAUGUAUCGGUAUCGCUCGGUCCUGGUGGCGUUGGUCUGGCCAGCACUACGUUGGCACCUGGCGGGCCGACCAGCUCUCCGUUUGCUGUGUAUACCGCUGAUGGCUUGACUUUCUCAGUCGAUGGCAGCGAGGCCGUUGUCAGUGGCACUACUUACCGCAUUGGAUCCAACGCACCCCAAGUGACAACAACCAUUGGCUCCGGACAUGUAUCAGUGUCAUUUGGCCCGGGUGGGAUCGGUCUUGACUCGACCACGAUCGUUCCCACAACUGCCUCAUCACACAAAUCUCAGGCUUCGAAGACCGGCUCCAAAUCUGCAUCAAAAUCUGCAUCUGCAACUGCAUCUCCGACACAGUCCGUGGGUGUGGACAGCGCGGCAUCAACUCGGAGUCGUUUACCCACCCUUCUGCGAUGCUGUCUCUUUGUCCUGCCGUUGGGGUGGCUUGUUCUUUGA